UUUGGAGGAGGAGACAUCGGCUCAGUCCAGGGCUGUGUUUGAUGGCAGGAGGAGCUCCAGCAAGAGAGCGAGAGAAACAGAAAAGACGGGCACAGACGAACCAAACAGAUAAAGAGGGCUGAAUUUGUUACUACCGAGCGCAGAAAAGGAGCAUUUGCUUAUAAAUGGUUUGUAAUAAGCGCAACAGAAGCAAAGGAACUCCUGAUCGUUUUGCAGACCCAAAUGAGACAGACCGCUGAUUUGUGAACAGAGACGAUAAAAGAAAUAAAAAAACAGAAAAGGCAAUCGCGGUUAGAGUGGAUUACUUUUCGUUUUUAGGACGGCCCCCUUUUAAACGUGAGGAAGAUUGUAGGGCAGGGAGCACACACACAGAUGUCAUUUGGGAGAUUGCCGAUUCAUGGGCAGAAGUUUCCGAACUGAACUGUCCAACACAACGUUAUGUUAUUCCUAAAACAAUGCAGACAGUAUAUCUGUUGUGUGGUAUCUUUGCAGCUGUGAGUUACCCACUAGUCGAAGACAAGAACUUUCAGUUGUAACUAAGCCCUGCACCAACUGGCAACAUAUUUUAGUAUUCGCUGGUGCCCUUGCUAAUGUAAAGAUUCCAGAUGUGCAGCAUUUUAUAAGGACUGAAAACUAAGGUUUGGAAUAAAACUGAGCUUUCGGCAUACAUUGAAGAGCUGAUGUCACACAUGAUAUGAUUUUUUUCCAGAUGCAUUGUCUGCAUUUAAGGUGAUACUCAGAGCAAUGGAAUUGAGAAAGCCGUAAGAAAAACAGCAUCUUACAGAUGGGAGUCAGCAGCACUUUUACAGAAUUUGAACCUCUGCCAUAAGUCACCUCAAGGAAACAGCUUUGCACUUUAUCAGUUUUCCCAUUUACCAAGAGAGAAGCAAAUCCAGUUCUGGCAUAAGUCAGCAACAAACCAGGUCGUGUGGAGUGAGCAAUAAUCAGCCUUGGCAGCAUAUGUGGAGCCAUAGUGGGAAUGAGAUCAAAAUGCAGGCCUGAAAUUGAGACAAGCCCGCUUCAGUUCACAGCACUGGAGAUGAAGAGAGCCAUAUGAGGAAUUGCUGGAACAGCAGGUUUUCACAAUGGCACAAACCAGUUUGCUGCAGGGGAAGAGGUUUUACUGCAGGGAGUGGGUCUUCCACAAGCUCCAGCACUGCCUCCAGGAGAAAACGAACAGCAUCCUCGGCGCUAACAGCAUUCCCACCAAGCAGGCCUGUGUGGCGAGCCCCCUGAGCAGUGUCAGCCCUUCCUCCAGUAAAGGCACUGCCUGGGGAGUGUUGCUGGUCGGGGGUCCAGGCAGCGGGAAGACAGCCCUCUGCACAGAGCUGCUGUGGCCUAGCUCGCCUCAAGGAGCCCACAGGGGGCUGCACCACCAAGGCCUGGCCUUCCACUUCUGUCGGGCCGAGGACUCUGACACCCUCUGCGUGAGCGGGUUUAUUCGGACUCUGGUGGCCCAGAUUUGCCACAGCGGACUGAUCCCGAGCUACGAGGAGAAAGUUAGAGACCCCGCGGUUCAAAGUGCACUGAGACCCGGCGAGUGCGAAAGGAACCCCGCUGAGGCUUUCAAAAGGUGUAUUCUUCUUCCCCUUCUGGGAGUGAAGGCUCCACAGCAGUCUGUCUUCAUUCUUGUUGAUUCCAUUGAUGAGGGAUGCCACUUCGGAGAAGGGGAGCAGAGAUCUUCAAGCCCUUCCCGUACUAUUGCUGAGCUUUUAGCUAGCCACCACGAGUUCUUUCCUCCCUGGCUGUUACUGAUAUGCUCAGCUCGGAAGCAGAAUAAAGCUGUCACUAAAUUGUUUACAGGAUUCCGUAAAAUCAGCCUUGAUGACCUUCGUAAAGCUUACAUUGUGAAGGAUGUGCAACAGUAUAUCCUACACCGAUUAGACCAAGAAGAAGCACUGAGGCAACACCUAACAAAAGAAACGGCAGAAAUGCUGAAUCAACUCCACAUCAAAAGCAGCGGAUGCUUCCUGUAUUUGGAACGAGUGCUAGAUGGAGUUGUGGAGAACUUCAUCAUGCUUCGAGAGAUCCGUGACAUCCCUGGAACACUGAAUGGGUUGUACCUGUGGCUUUGCCAGAGGCUUUUUGUGAGAAAGCAGUUUACAAAAGUGCAACCCAUCUUGAAUGUGAUUCUUGCGGCAUGCAGACCGCUUACUGUUAAGGAGCUUUAUCAUGCAGUCUGGACAAAAAACAUGUCAUUGACAUUGGAAGAAUUUCAAAGAAAGAUGGAUAUCCUGUCAAAGCUGCUCAUCGAUGGCCUAGGAAAUACUAAAAUCCUUUUUCAUUAUAGCUUUGCAGAGUGGCUGUUGGAUGUAAAGCAUUGUACUCAAAAAUAUUUGUGUAAUGCAGCAGAGGGACACAGAAUGAUGGCUAUGAGUUAUACCUGUAGGGCCAAGGAGCUUAAACCACUGGAAGUGCAAGAAUUUGCAUUACACCUGAUUAACUCCAACUUCCAAAUAGAGCCCUAUCAUCUUGCACUCUGGAUGGUAUGGAAUGGAACACCUGCUAAAGACUCUUUGACAACCUCCAUCCCAAAAGAACAGGAGGUUUUACAGCUGUUGGUCAAAGCUGGUGCCCAUGUCAGCAGUGAAGAUGACCGAGCGUCAUGUAUCGUCCAACAGGCCUUGGAAAGGGAGGAUUCAAUUCGGACUUUACUUGAUAAUGGAGCUUCUGUAAACCAAAGUGACUCAAGUGGAAGAACUUUAUUAGCAAAUGCUGCAUACAGUGGCAAUCUAGAUGUGGUUAAUUUAUUAAUUUCUAGAGAAGCAAAUUUGGAAAUUGAAGAUGGCCAUGGACAGACAGCACUUACACUUGCAGCAAGACAAGGUCAUACCAAGGUUGUGAACUGCCUUAUCGGGUGUGGAGCAAAUAUCAAUCACACUGAUCAUGAUGGUUGGACAGCGCUAAGGUCUGCUGCAUGGGGAGGACACUCUGAGGUGGUUUCUGCACUUUUGUACUCUGGCGCCAAAGUAGAUUGUGCAGAUGCUGAUAGUAGAACAGCCUUGAGGGCUGCAGCUUGGGGAGGACACGAGGACAUUGUGUUGAAUCUGCUACAACAUGGGGCAGAAGUCAAUAAAGCAGAUAAUGAAGGAAGGACCGCACUCAUUGCUGCAGCAUAUAUGGGUCACAGAGAGAUUGUGGAGCAUCUUCUUGACCAUGGGGCAGAAGUAAAUCAUGAGGAUGUGGAUGGGAGGACUGCUCUUUCAGUAGCUGCCCUCUGUGUACCAGCAAGCAAAGGGCAUGCCUCUGUAGUCAGUCUACUUAUAGACAGAGGAGCAGAAGUUGAUCACUGUGACAAAGAUGGCAUGACCCCCUUAUUAGUUGCUGCCUAUGAAGGACACGUUGAUGUUGUUGAUUUACUGCUGGAAGGGGGAGCAGAUGUUGAUCAUACUGAUAACAAUGGGAGAACACCUCUUCUUGCAGCUGCUUCUAUGGGACAUGCAUCAGUUGUCAACACCCUUCUCUUUUGGGGAGCUGCAGUAGAUAGUAUUGACAGUGAAGGAAGAACUGUACUGAGUAUAGCAUCUGCUCAAGGGAAUGUGGAAGUUGUGCGAACUCUGCUGGACAGGGGACUAGAUGAAAAUCAUAGAGAUGAUGCAGGCUGGACCCCACUGCACAUGGCUUCUUUUGAGGGGCACAGGCUAGUAUGUGAUGCGCUUAUUGAACAAGGUGCCCGAUGCAGUGAAGUUGACAAUGAUGGGCGGAUUCCACUGAUACUUGCUGCGCAAGAAGGUCAUUAUGAUUGUGUACAGAUACUAAUUGAAAAUAAAUCUAGCAUUGACCAGAGAGGCUAUGAUGGAAGGAAUUCACUCAGAGUUGCAGCUUUGGAAGGACAUAGAGACAUUGUUGAGCUGCUUCUUAACCAUGGAGCUGACAUAGACUGCAAAGAUGCAGAUGGACGUCCUACUCUAUAUAUCUUGGCUCUUGAAAAUCAACUAGCCAUGGCAGAAUAUUUCUUAGAAAAUGGAGCAAAUGUAGAAGCCAGUGAUACAGAAGGAAGAACAGCUCUUCAUGUUUCCUGCUGGCAGGGGCAUGUAGAAAUGGUGCGAAUGCUGAUAAACUACCAUGCUGAUGUGAAUUCUUGUGAUAAUGAAAAGCGUUCGGCUUUGCAGUCUGCAGCAUGGCAGGGUCACAUCAAGGUAGUACAGUUAUUGAUUGAUAAUGGAACUCACGUGGAUCACACAUGUAAUCAAGGAGCAACAGGAUUAUGCAUUGCAGCCCAGGAAGGACACAUUGAUGUGGUCCAGCUAUUAUUAGAACAUGGUGCUGACCCAAACCACGCAGACCAGUUUGGACGCACAGCCAUGCGAGUGGCUGCAAAGGGAGGGCAUUCACAGAUUAUCAAACUUUUAGAAACAUAUGGGGCUUCUAGUUUGAAUGGUUGUAGUCCUUCUCCUGUUCACACAAUGGAACAGAAGGCUCCCAUUUCUGUAACUGGUAAGAUGCAGUCUUUAACAAUAAAAUCAAACAGCUCUGGCAGCACAGGUGCUGGGGAACUCCAGCCUUCAGGUCGUGGCUUAUCUAAUGGACCUGUACACGCCUUCAGCUCUCCUUCAGAAUCCCCUGACUCAACUGUUGACCGGCAUAAGUCUUCUCUCUCCAACAACUCUCUCAAAAGCUCAAAGAACUCUUCCUUGCGAACAACAUCAUCAACGGCAACUGCCCAGACUGUGCCAAUUGAUAGUUUCCAUGGGUUGUCCUUUACUGAGCAAAUCCAACAGCACUCUUUGCCUCGCAGUCGAAGCAGGCAGUCUAUAGUAUCACCGUCUUCUACAACAAAGUCCAUAGGACAACAUCCCAGUUCACCCUCUAGUGAAUAUGAAUGGAGUCAAGUAAAGCCAAGCCUAAAGUCAACCAAAGGAAGUAAAUUAAAUAAUGCAUCCAAUGGCUCAAGUAAGGGUAGUUCAGGGGAGAAAAAAAGGUCCAAGAAUAGUGGCUCACAAAGUCAGGUGUUAGAAUAUGAAAUGACGCAGUUUGACAAAAGGAUCGCUCUAACAAAGCCUGCAUCAAAUGCUGGAGUGACAGUGAAGCAGCUCCUUCCAGAACCUCAGUGUAAAAUAGUUGUUCCCACUCAGCAAGAGGUGGGAAGGUCACCACAACAGUUCCUUAUCCAACAGCAAAACAGUACAGAAAAGAAAAGGAAUGGCAUCAUGACCAAUCCGAACUAUCACCUUCAGGGGAAUCAAGUUUUCCUUGGGAGAGUGUCUGUCCCAAGAACUGUCCAAGAUAGAGGGCAUCAGGAAGUACUAGAUGGUUACCCCAUAGGGGAGACGGAACUUAGCCUUAAACAAGCCCUGAAACUGCAGAUUGAAGGAACAGACCCAAGCUUUAACUACAAAAAGGAAACUCCAUUAUAGCUGAUGUCUUCAACAGUAUCCGCCAUACAGACAUUGGAGAGAAUGUGCCAAAGGAACCUCUUUUAUCUGCAGAAAACUGAAUUUAUUUUCCACUUUUUACAGAGUGGGAACUUUGAACACCUCGAAAGCCUAGGGAAGAAUGUGAUUGCUGCACACUGAUUACAUGAACUGAUACUGCAAUGUGCCUACAUCUGUGAUGGCCUUUUCAGUGUAACCCUGCACGCUUUAUAAUUUUAUUUAAUGUACCAUAUAUUUAAUAUGCAGAGUAUGCACUUUUUUUAGACAACUUCUGUUUGUUUCCUAACAAAAUAAUUGUUGAAAAUGCUUUUUUAUUGUUUUCCUUGCCUGCAAAUAUACAUUUCUAGAAAUAAAUGUACUGCCUAGUACAAUACUGCAACACCUCACUGUUGAAUUUCAAGAUAUUUCAUCGCCUAGGGCAGUGUUACAUGUAUUUAUAUACUCUGCCUUUCUGAUGUCAAAACCUCUAUGUAGACUUGAAACAGUGUUCCUCUCAUAAGAAAUCGUACAUUUCCUAUAGAUCUUGUGUGUUUUAUGUUAACAGAAAACGUAACUUACAGUAUGGAUAUAAUCAACACUAUUUAUUAUGGAAAAAGCCACUUGUAUUGUGUAUUAUACCAUGGUGCUGUCAUGAUCAUUUCCCUACAGAUAUUUAAAGGGGCUGUGUUGACAUCCAUUAAGCAUUUUUAUUUUGUUCAUGAAUACCAUAGUAUUACUGGGUCCCCAAUAGCAAAUUUCAAUGAAAUCAUCAGGAACAGUUGCUUUUGAUUUGUCCCAGUGGGACUUUAAUUACUAGAUAUGUCAGAAAAGAUACUUAAAAUAGUGUUAGAUUUAAGCUUCUUAGUGUGCGCCAGUAUUUGAGGUUAGAGAAAUUAAUUUCAUCAGUAACACUGUUCUGUAUGAAGUUGUUUUCAGCAGCCUAUGAUAUGUGCAUUGCAAGAUAAGAUGUGUAAGCUCUUUUUUUCUAAGACUUUCCUUGCUGUCGUAAUUACAAUAAGACAUUCUUGAGAAUGCAGCAGUUUGUGGCAGAAAACACUUUCCAUGGGUUGGUAAAGGGUAUUUUUUUUCUGAUCCCUUGAAGCUUUAAACUUCAAUAAUAUUCUUGUUUUAAGCCAGUGUUGGAUGUUAUAUGCUUGUCAUGUCUCUGAAAGUCAAUGGAAAAACAAAGAGGAAAAAGUAUUGGUUUCAGCGGCUAUAUUUCAUAUCCCCAAGCUUUGACUGCCAGGAAGCAAAGGAGCUCAGAAUUAGAGCACAAGGAGCUCUGAGAUUCGGAACAUCUGUUUCUUGUGGACCUGUGAAGGGUGUGUGCGCGUUUUUGUGUAAUGUCAUAGUUUUUCUGGCUUUUUAGUUUCACGAAGAUGGACUAUCAGUAUGCCACUGCUUUCCUAAAUUAAAAACAAAGUGGAAAACCAUUAAUGUAUGGAGAACUAUGUUUAUAAAGAAAUAAACUGUGGCCAUCUUUCAAACAGAUCUGUAUAACAGCUUCAAACUAAAGGGUUCUGGUUUUUGCUUAAACUUGCAAGCUAGCAAGGACUGGGAAAAGCACAUAGGAAACAGAAGGGCCCUUUAAAGGCCUUCUGUCCUGGACAGUAUUUAUGAUAAUUUAGCCAAGUUUUGAACUUAUUUUUCCAUCUUUUUUUUUGUUAUGCAAGUUUGUUUUUCAUUUUAGGCUGUAAGGAUUGCAUUUAAACAGUAUGGUUGUAAAUAGCAUAUAAUGUACAUUGAACUUCACAUUUUAAAAAUUAUUUUAUUUCUUGUAUUAUAUGAAGCUGAAAUUCCUUAUGUAUAUUAAAGUGCUUAAUAAAUAUAUUUGCUUUUCUGCA